AUGUCGUCCGCCCAGCAGUUCCUCGCGUCGCUCACCAAGGGCGUCAACUCGCCCGUCUCCAACGCAACGUCGACGUCGCCGUUCGGCAACAUCAGUCUCUUUGCCAUCCCCGCCGUCUGGGUCGUCUCCAUCGCCGCGCACUUCUACGCCGCCGCCAACGCACCCACCAGCGGCGGCUUCGACAACGUCUCGCCGCGCGGCUACCUCGCCAGCAUCACGCGCAAGGAGAAGCGCACGCCGCAGGAGGAGCUCUACAUCCGCGCCGAGGCGGCGCAGCAGAACGGCUUCGAGAACCUGCCGUUCUUCGCAGCCGCCAUCCUUGCCGGCAAUGUCGCCCGCCUGCCGGUCGACUUCCUGAACCUCUCGGCCGUCGUGUACGUCGGCUCGCGCAUCCUCUACAACGUGCUCUACAUCAACACCACCUCGGCCUCUGCGUCCAACCUGCGCAGCGUCGUGUUCCUCACGGGCGUCGGCACCUGCUUCACGCUCUUCAUCCGCGCCGGUCGUGCCUUCCAGUACUGA